AUGGUGCUGUCAAAUACACUCUUGCCUGGUCUCGGUUUCAGUUGGGACACGGGCAGCUACAGGGAUAUGAUUGGUCCGGCGACUGCGAUCGUGCAGCAGUGCGUGGAGACUCCGUUCGCAUCUGUCGGUGUAUCUGUCGGUGGUUUCGACUAUGUCGGUGAUCGCAGGCAGUUGAUUCUUUCUAUGAUGGCCCCUAAAUCGAAUUAUGAUAAAGUCAUGGUCGAAGUCGAAAGCAAGCAACAAGGUCUGUGUGCAGCCACAAAACAACGCCUAGAUGGCCAGCUUGGCGUCAUGGGUUACGAAAGCUGUACCCCUGGCUCAACACAAGAUGACGGGGAGAGAUUCGCCGACGAUGUUUUGAACGACCGUUACAACGUGCUACCUGAUGCCCAAACCGCUCUAAACCAGCUCGGUCUUGAACCUACAUGCGGACAACCGUGUUCUGGAUCCAAAAAUCCGUGCACUGGUGGCUGUCAUUGUGGCGCAGACCUUCUAGAGAGCCUUGGGAGCUUCAAGACGCAAUUCAAAUGCAUAGAGUCAUAUUUUACCUUUGCUAGUCGGCGGCGAAGUCUAUCGUCUCUCCCUGCAGGCGUCAAUGACCUUGGAUCCAUAUCCGCAGGCAUCAAUACCGACACAACCAUACCACCGACUGUUGACGAUAUCGCCAUCUUCCUCGCUCCAGGUCCUGAGCCAGAGCCGGAAUCUACGUUCGACUGGCCCAGAGCACCGCAUGUGACAUUUGAUCACAAUGGGUCCAUCACAGGAGGUGCAGAGGUCUGCCCGUGCAACUGUACAUACAUCUCAAUAUCCUGUUGUGUAUCCGACACGGGUCUGGUGUAUGAGCCCGCGGACUACAAGUUGGGUGCGGUUCAGCCUGACAGUGGGCAAUGCUGCGACUCCAAGUCAGGGCAAAUGAAAGAAGGUUCGCCCAAUGGCGGCGACGGCUUGUGCUGA